GUCAUUGGCUAGAGGAAGUCAAUGUUGAACUGUGAUCACGUCCUGUUUUCAUUUUUUUUAAGCAAUGGUCUGAAGUAGCAGUCAACGGAUUUGAUCUUGGUAAACCACCGAAAUGUCUUCUAAACCCACUUGUCUAAUUGUGGCCAGUGCAGCUGCACAAGGAGUGUCUGCUCAGUCGUUCCAUCAAGCCUUCUGUCUCUGUAGUUCAGUGUUCAACCUGCAGACUGCUACACCAGGGGGAAAGCCCAUAGAUUUUGUCGGGGUGGAUGAAACCACGGCCAGAUGGAUCCAAGACUUCAGCCAGAAGUCUUUUGCAACCCCAGCCAAGCUGGAGUCAAUAGACGGUGCUCGGUACCAAGCUCUGCUGAUUCCAGACUGUCCUGGGGCGCUCACUGACCUGGCACACAGUGGCUCUCUGGCACGCAUCCUCACACACUUCACCUCACAGCAGAAGGCGGUGUGCGCUAUAGGACAAGGGGUAUCUGGUCUGUGCUGCGCCAUAGUAGAGGGCCAGAAAUGGAUCUUCACAGGCUACAGUCUCACUGGGCCGUCUGUGUUUGAGUUGGUGAGGAGCCCAGACUUUGCCAACCUGCCUCUGAUCGUGGAGGACUUUGUCAAGGACAGCGGAGGAUCGUACACCGCGAGUCAGGAGGAUGCCGUGCAUGUAGUGAUCGACAGACACCUGGUGACCGGACAGAACAUCCUGUCUACGUCAGUCGCUGUCAAUAACCUCAUCAUGCUCUGUAAUGGAAAGUAACAUGUUUCCUGUUCUGCUAUGUGGGGACUAAAAAGCCUUGGGCCGGGGAUUCAAUCCGAUCAUGCUUUGAUGGCUAUGCGCCAUUUUUAUAAAAGGUAAUCAGCCAUUGAAUUGACAAAAUGCAGCGUUGAUCAUGAAUGCGAUGGGAAUAUUGCCUUUUAAGUAGCUACUGCCUUUGAAAAGCAACGAAUCCAUUUGGAAAAUGGCCAAUUUGGCGUCGAUUAUGAGUUAGAAACAGUUGUUCUGUCACAUUUUUUUUUUACCUGAGAAAUACUGCACCAAAAACCUUUUUAGAUGUAAAAUUACACAACUAUAACAUCCUCAACAUUUAUUACAGAUUUAUUGAGUUAUCUUAGAUUCAUUCUGGGGAUUUUCAGGAAGUGAAAUAGGCUUCGUGGGGGGAGACAUACAGCAUUAACUAAACCUCGGAAUCGGUCAGGAAACACCUCCAAAACUGAAAUCUAUUUCUCUAAUAAGCAACAGAAAAACACGUGCCAAUCGGCUGCUUCCGUGGCUCUAUUAAAAGGUGCGUUGCCCACAAAGCGCGAUCGGAUUUAACCCCAGCCUUAUUUUGACAUGAACAGGAUAUGAUUUAGCAGACAGGGCUCAACAGAGUAUACAUACAUACACACACACAUACAUACAGUAACAAAAAAACUGAACCUUUCAAACACAGGCAACAUCUCAAAGUAGAGCUCCUUUACAUUUAGUGCUGUGAAGGACAAAUAAAGGUUCUGGGUGCAAAGUCACUUAGUAAGAUAUGAGGACAUGUUGUACAACUCCUGUCUUAUGUACUGUACACCAGAGUUGGUGCAAUUCCAUUUCAGAAAGUAAAACAAAUUACAAUUCUACCUUUUAUUGAAGAGAAUUGGAAUUUCAGUGCUCUUCCUGAAUGGACUGGAUUUUAGAUGGAAUUGAGGCCAACCCUGCAUUCUACUACAGCAGAGGUUUGUAGUACAACUAGCUUAGCUACCACACACACACACACACACACACACACACACACACACACACACACACACACAC